AUGGCCACAGACGUAGCCUCGGCGCCCACCGUGGUCGACGCCGCUGCUGCAGAUACGCUGACCGUGGAUCCUGGCACCACGACCGCCGGCCGCAGGUAUCGCUCCAAGAAGCAGCGGCCCUGCGACCUCUGCCGCUACCGCAAGAUCCAGUGCAAGAUCCACUCUCCCGACGCCGCCUGCGAGCUGUGCCGGAAGCUCGACCGCGCCUGCACCUUUGUCCUGGGUCCCCUGACGCGCACCCGCGCCCCCUCCGGAGUCGGCGACGCAGGCGCCGGCAUCGCCGUGGCUGGGCGCCACCGCCAGCAGAGGAGGCGGGAGAGGAGCAGCUACCCGCCGCCGCCGGACGACGACCUGCUCUUGGAGAGCCUGCUGGCUGCCUCGGGAAGGGACGUCGGUGGCGGGGGCGGUGGUGGUCCUGGUGGUGUGGAGGUGCCGCCCUUGCCCAUGGAUGUCGAUUCUUUCUGGCUGCCGAGCUUGAGCCCUCUUGACGGGCGGUGGGGAGUCAUGGAGUUUGGUGUUGAUCCCUCUCUCGGCGACGCUCAGUAUCGCCAUGCCUCGCCUCAGUCACACACCAGCCACGAAAGCGGCGGGCGGUCAGACGCUCUCGCCCUCUCGAGCACGCACGACUUCCAACCCCGGGUUGGUGUCUCGCCUGUAGCUGCUUCACAUCGGUCACCGACGACGUCCAACGAGAUCGGCUCCCAGUCUUCUCCCCACCAAGUCAUCGUCAUAGGCUCCGCCAAUCAUGCCUCGCCUCAGCUGUCCAGUCCCGGGAUGCCGAGCGCCGGCAUGCACCAUCCAUCAUCCACUUGGCCGCCCGAUCUGUCGCUCGACGGACACGGAGGCUACUCGCACGAACUACUCGGUCUAUCCAGCGAGUCGGACCCGUACUUCCUGCGACACUAUGUCUACAAUGCCAACGACACCUAUCCCAUGUACCGCUUACACUUCCGGCAGGUCGUCGAGUAUGAUGGGAUGCCGCACCGACGGGAGGGGAUUCCCCACGGUCCGAUGCCGGUGCAUAUCAACCUCGAGGAUGAGGAGAUCUGGAAGGACCAUGUUGAUGCGGUGGAGGGGCUAUUCUUUGACGGGAUGACGGAAGAGGGCGACGGGGUGAUGCUCGACAAGUUGGUCUCGGCCGACCUCGGUGCGCGGCUGCUCAGGCUAUACGUCGAGCACGUCCAUCCGCGCUACCCGGUCCUCUCCCUCGCAGACCUGAAUGUCCUCUCACGCCCGCCCAAGCCCGCCGCGCCGACAAUCGCCACAUCCGUCGGCAUCCGCAGCACCGUCUACGCCCUUGCCACGCCCUUCACCUUUCUCGACGACGAACUUAGCGUGUCAAAGGGCUACCUUCAGGUCUCGGCCGACAACCUCUGGGCCAUCGCCCACCGCAGCUUCCACCGCGCCCUGCGCUCCACGUCGCGCCUGUCGCUGCUACAGCUGUGCCUGUUGCUGCUGCAGAUGCCGCCCGAGAGCCACGUCGCCGCCGACCCGCCCUCUCUGUGGUCUCUGUCAUGCACCGCCCUGGGCCUGGCCGAGACGCUGGGGCUCAACAUCGACCCCGCGGCGUGGAAGGUGCCGCGGACAGAGGUCAUGCUGCGCCGCAGGCUGUGGUGGUUCACCUACACGGCGCACACCUGGACGGCGCUCGUCUGCUCGCGGCCAUCGCACCUGCAUGAGGAUAGCUGGGAUGUCGGGGAGCUGACAGCCGGCGACUUUGAAGGAGAGGAGUACCCCGAGGGUAGGGUGCGGGACGCGAUCUUGGGACAGGUGCCCAUCUGUCUUGCGCAGUGCGGGCUGGCCGUCAUUGCGGCGGGCGUGUUGAAGGAGUUUUAUACCCUGAAGGGAAGCCGCAUGUCCCUCACCCUGCCCGCCCUGCUCGCGCGUGCGCAGCUCCUCCGGACCCGGAUCGAAGGAUGGCGUCAGACACUGCCCCUGCUGGCGAAGCCGGCCUCGGACCUGACGGCAGAGGAGUUCGAGGUCGGCGCAUCGCUGCGCAUCUCGCACCUGACGCUCGAGAUCCUCAUCUUCCGCGCGCUCCUGCGGCCGCUCAUGCACGGCACCUUCUCGCCUACCGAGACUUCGAGGGAGCCCAUCUCGACCAUCUUCGAGAACUGCUAUACCUGCGCCAGGGUGGUGACGGAGAUUGUGUCGUCGCUCAAGGCGCAGCAUUUUGCCGCGUUCUGGCAUCCGUUCGACAACGCGCGAGAUGGCGGCGCGGCACCUGACGCUGCUGAACAAGUGGCGCGAUACGCUGCGGAUACAGGCGAGGGCGUGGCCGCUGGCCAAGCUGGCGGCCAUGAGGCUCGACGCCAUAUUCUGGAAGGGCCUGCUCACGGUGGUGGCGGGCACGGGUGA